AUGAAUCAAACAUAUCAUGAACAACAUUAUGCAACUGGACACCAACCUUACGGCGUCCCUGCCUCAUACAAUGCCCAGCAGCUCGCGGCGCAACAACAAGCACAGGCCAAUGCAGCUGCCAUGUAUCGUAUUCACAACCAGUGGCGCAGAGAUAAAGAAGAACAGCUGAAAGAUGUAGUGUGGGGGGCGCUGGCACCUGGUAUGCAACAAUGUGUCAGAGAUAUGGCUGCGAAAAGCGAUGAGCAUAGCCAGGAGUUGAGGGACAUACGGGAUGGUCUGACCUCAACAAUUGCGUCAGUUUCCGAAAAGUUGCACAGCUUCCAGGAAAGUGUAGUCUGCCAAUUCGGGGACUUGGGCGCGGAUGUCCAGGCGUUGAAGGAUGAGGCGCAACAGAUGCCGCGGCGUUUUCUGAGUUUCGAGGAGGACAAUGAAAGAAUGCGCACAAGUCAGGAAUGCCGCGACCAGGAGCUUUUUGCGAGGAUUGACCAGCUUGAAAAGAAGAUGCAGCUGCAGUCCGAGAGCAUUCUGAGUUGUAUCCAGCAACUGUUCGAGCAGGCCGAGAUCAAGAAUGACCAAAGACAAAACAAAGUCAUGGGCAUGCUUGGCGAAGUCUCGGCACAAAAUCUGAGCAUUCAGCGGUAUUUUUCGGCCCCCUUGAGCGAACCGAGAAUGAAGACAAGGUCCCAGGGGAGGAGGAGGAGCAUUGGCCAUGAACUACAGGACGUCCCCUUUGUUCGGGCUGCCAGAGACGCCGUAAUCAAGGCAUUAAAGGAGGAUCCUUCCCCCAGAAAACUGGACAAGAAGGAUUGUCCGCGUUGCGGGCCUUCAAAGCCAAAGCGCCGAAGACGGGGAUAG